AUGCCAUCACCCAGAGCGCCGCCGCGGAACCACCGAGCCCGCGCCCCGCGGGCAGAGCGGCCCCCCGGUUGCCAUAGCGAUCACUUCCUCGUCCACGUCGAGGCGAUGGCGGCCUCGGAGGAGCCCGGGUCGGCGGGCGGCGGCGGCGGCGGCGGCGGCGGGGCGGAGCUGGAGGAGGCGAGCCUGCUGGCCUGGCUGUUCCGCGGGGCGCCGUCGCCGUCGGGCGCGGCGGCGGAGGCGGCGGCGCUGCCGGCCUACCUGGCGGCGCUGUCGGGGCUGGGCCUGGGCGCGCUGCGCAGGGAGCCGGCGCGGCUGGCGGAGGAGCGGGCGCAGCUGGGCGCGCAGACGCGGGCCUUGGCCUUCGCCCACUACAAGACCUUCAUCCGCUCGGCCGAGUGCACCGCCCAGACGCGGCGCGGCUUCGGCGGCAUCGAGGAGGGCCUCGACCGCCUGCUGGGGCGCCUCCCGCCCUUCGCGGAGACCUGCCGGAGCUUCAUGCACAACGCCGAGCACAUCGCCCAGAGCCGCCGCAUGAACAACCUGACCCUGAACCGCCACACCGAGAUCCUGGAAGUCCUGGAGAUCCCGCAGCUGAUGGACACCUGCGUCCGCAACAGCUACUACGAGGAGGCCCUGGAGCUGGUGUCCUACGUCCGCCGCCUGGAGAAGAAGCACGCCGCCAUCCCUGUCAUCCAGGGGAUAGUGGCGGAGGUGCGCCAGUCCACGCAGCUCAUGCUCACCCAGCUGGUCCAGCAGCUGCGCACCAACAUCCAGCUGCCCGCCUGCUUGCGCGUCAUCAGCUACCUGCGCUGCAUGGACGUCUUCACGGAGGCUGAGCUGCGCAUCACCUUCCUGCAGGCGCGCGACGUCUGGCUGCGCUCCAUCCUGGCCGCCAUCCCCGACGACGACCCCUACGUGCACAUCACCAAGACCAUCGAGGCCUGCCGGGUGCACCUCUUCGACACGGUCACGCAGUAUCGUGCCAUUUUUGCGGACGAGGAGCCGCUGGUGCCUCCCCCUGGGCAGGCUGCCCUCAACGAAAGCGCCCUCUUCCACGGGUGGGUGCUGCAGAAGGUCUCGCAGUUCCUGCUGGUGCUCGAGCGGGACCUGCAGCGAGGCGUGGGCAGCCGCCUGGACUCUCUGCUGGGCCAGUGCAUGUACUUCGGCCUCUCCUUCAGCCGCGUGGGGGCGGACUUCCGGGGCCAGCUGGCCCCGCUCUUUCAGCGGGUGGCGCUGCUCACCUUCAAGAAGGCCAUGCAGGAAGCUGGAAGCAAAUUCCAGGAGGAGAUGAACUCCUACACGCUGAUCUCCGCGCCGGCUGUCCUGGGCAGCACAAUCCCGGCGGCCGUGUCGUCUGCCCAGCCAGGCACUCUGCAGCCCCCCAUGGUGCUCCUGGACUUCCCGCCGCUCGCCUGCUUUCUCAACGACAUCCUGGUGGCCUUCAAUGACUUGCGUCUCUGCUGUCCUGUGGCUCUUGCUCCAGAGGUGGCCGCUACUCUGGAGGAGACGCUCGGCCAGGUGACAAAGAUCAUUCUGGCUUUCCACCGGGCCGAGGCGUUGGCUUUCAGCAGCCGAGAACAAGAGCUUUUCGUCCACUUCUGCACAGCGUUUCUGGAAGACUUGGUGCCCUACCUCAACCGCUGCCUCCAGCUCCUCUUCCCCGUAGCCCAAAUUGCACAGACUCUGGGUGUUCCCCCUACUCAGCUCCACAAAUACGGGAGCCUCGGCUGUGUGGAUGAGGGUGUGAUCCAGUCGCUCUUUGCUCCAGUCCUGCCUGAGAAAGAGGCUGUUUCUGCCCUGGCUGAGGAGAAAGGGCCGGCCCAAGAAAGCCCAGCAGCUGAACUGGACUCGGAGCUCCCUAAUUCUGAGCAGGAAGCAGAGCCUGGCACCAGGACCCCUGUUUCAGAAGCUGAAGAGAGCGGCUCCGCUGCUUCGGAGGAUGCGUUGCAGCCCAGUGCGCCGUGAACCACCGAAUCGUUAUCGCUGAACUGUGGCUCUUUCCUGGGGUGCCUGGCACUUGGCAGGCCUGGCUGGAGCAAGGAGCAGCCCUGUGUGUUCUUCACCGCUAGCCACGGGCAGGUGCAGCGCUGUGCUCCUCUGCAAGGACAGGGCAGGGUUGGGCUUGCAUUGCUCUGAGAGGAAGAAAGGAAGCUGGGAGAAGAGGGCGCCGGUGAAGGUGGAUCAGGGCCUGAAUAAACUUGACUAUUUUGUUUUGGUUCUUUGUACGUCGUUCUGCAAUACUGUGAGAGAACCGGCCGCACCUGUCUCCCCUCCUGAUGCUGGUCUAGGCCUAGUAUCAGCCUUUCCUGGGUCUCCCCAUUCACCAGAGAAACUCCUGUGUCAUCUUCCUCCUCCUCCUCUCCUGAGUUGUGUGGUGACUUCAGUUGCAAAACGGAAAGCCUGUAUUUGGGGGCAAAGAGCUUUCCUUGAUGUCUCUGGCAUCCGACUGGCUGCCUGCUGUUCUGGUUGCUUCCUGAAAGCACGACGCAUCUCACUAGCAGGCACGUGUGCUGCAAGAGCCCCGUUGGCUGUGGGAGAACGGGGUGGGGGUGGAAAGAGCUGAAUGGGUGCUACAGGGAGAGGUGCCUGCAGGGCCAGGCUCACCCAGGCCA